AUGACUGAUGCCCUGAACGCCUUGAGACAGAUCCAGCAGGCCCAAACUCAGGACUAUCCAUGUCAUUUGUCUGUCUUUGAAGAUGAUUUCUUUUGGAACAAUUAUUCCUAUGAUUACAACGAAUCCAGUGAAUCAUUCUCUCCAGAUCCAGAUAGCUUGAAAUGUGGAUAUGAACCUUUGGAACCUACAGCAGUUGUGAUCCUGUGCGUCAUCUUCACAGUCAUCUCUGUAUUGGCCAUAUUCGGAAACCUGCUGGUAGGAUGGGUGAUCAGAACCAGCCAAGAAAUUUUGGCUCCAUCAGAUGUGUACCUGUUCCAACUGACCAUAGCAGAUGGGCUGCUGGCUUUAACGCUUCAGUUCUGUGUUGCAGCACUAACUCGAGGAUGGCUCUUAGGAGACUUCCUUUGCCAACUCCUCCACAUCGUCAUGGAUGCGAACUUCUACACCAGCAUCAUCUUCCUCACCUGCAUUAGCAUCGAUCGUUACCUUGUGAAUGUGGACGCCAGGGAGACACUCAAGAGUCACCAAAGGAUGUGCAGCAGGAUCCUCUGCACAGUGGUGUGGGUUCUCAGUUGUGCCCUUGCUCUGCCUACUCUUUUCUUUCGCUUUGACAUCAGCAUCUCUACCGCAUGGAGGCUCGCGAUUCAGGGGUUCAUUCGUGUUUUUGGCUUUUUGGUCCCUGCGAUUGUCAUGAUCUCCUGCUACAGCAUCACUGUUUCACGGCUGCUGCUCACUCACGGUUUCCAGAAGCACCGAGCCAUGUGGGUGAUCAUAACCAUCGUGGUUGCGUUUCUUCUCCUCUGGACACCAUACCAGAUAACCAUGGUGAUAGACAUACUGCUGAGGGCUGAUGUGGUACAGCAUGACUGUGAUACGAGGAGGUCGUUAAACACAGCCUUGGUUGCAACCCACUGCCUGGCUCUGCUGCACAGCUGCAUCAACCCUUUCCUUUAUGUCGCUGCAGAAGAAAAACUCAGGAAGAAGAUGAAACUGCUUUUUUAG